AGUCGCAACAUUUUAGGCACCGCCGGAAGCUGGGUUCAUAAAUAAAACGUGUCCCAUUUAAAUUAAUUGGUUUGGCAGGUUUAUUUGAUAGGAGCAUCUUACGCCUACACUUCUCUCUGAAGACAUACGACGCCGUAUUGCCUCCAAAAGGCCAAAGCCAACAUUUAAACCUGGCGGGGCGUUUUCGUAAUCUAGCAACAACAGCUCUCUGUCUCUCCUUGCGUCAGGCUGCCACGGAGGCGGCGACGGCGAGAUCUUCACACAGUCGACAGUUCUCGGUGCUUCCAGCGCAACAGUCGCCGCCAAAAUGGCGGCAACUCCCUCACCGUACAAAAACCCUAACUUCAGUCCUCAUCGCAACCUCAAACCUCUUAAACCCUCACUUCUCAUUCGCAAACCCUCACGCCUUCGAUCUUCGAAGGAGAACAACAUCAAUCAAGUAAGUUGCGAACUCAGGAGUUUCGAUGACGCCUCGAAGUGGACCUUUGAUUGCGUCUCCGGGGCCGAUCCCAUCCAUAUCGUCAAGAAUUCUCCUGCAAUCACAAUGGCUGCCGCGUCUACGCUGGAUUCGCCCGCGAAUAACUCGAAGAAGGUCUGCCUUUUCUACUGCGCGGAGACGGAGGCUCUCGCGCGGAGAAUCGCUGCAGAAUCUGAUGCCGUCGAUCUUCGGGGCAUCACAUGGAGGACAUUUGAUGAUGGAUUCCCCAACUUAUUCAUAUCUAAUGCUCAUGGCAUUCGGGGGCAGCAUGUAGCCUUUCUGGCUUCGUUUAGUUCCCCAGGAGUAAUUUUUGAACAACUUUCUGUUAUCUAUGCUUUGCCAAAGCUGUUCAUCUCCUCAUUCACGCUUGUUCUUCCCUUUUUCCCUACGGGCACCUCUGAGCGAAUGGAAGAGGAAGGGGAUGUUGCAACAGCUUUCACUCUUGCUAGGAUCUUAUCAAACAUACCAACUACAAGGGGAGGACCUACUAGUUUAGUGACUUUCGAUAUUCAUGCCCUGCAGGAGAGAUUCUACUUUGGUGAUAAUAUUUUACCAUGCUUUGAGAGUGGGAUACCCUUGCUUAAACAUAGGCUUCAACAACUCCCUGAUUCUGAUAAUAUAUCUAUUGCUUUCCCUGAUGAUGGUGCGUGGAAACGAUUUCAUAAGCAGCUGCAACACUUUCCAAUGAUUGUUUGUGGUAAAGUUCGGGAAGGUGACCAAAGGAUUGUAUGUAUAAAGGAGGGAGAUCCUAGUGGACGUCAUGUUGUGAUUGUUGAUGAUCUAGUGCAAUCAGGUGGCACCUUGAUUGAAUGCCAGAAAGUGUUGGCUUCACAUGGAGCAGCAAAAAUCAGUGCCUAUGUGACACACGGGAUUUUUCCUAGACGUUCAUGGGAACGGUUUGAACAUGAUAAAAGAGGGUGCCCUGAGAAUGGGCUGACGUACUUCUGGAUUACAGACUCAUGCCCUCUAACGGUAAAGGAGGUGAAGACCAAACCCCCAUUUGAAGUUCUUAGCCUGGCUGGUUCCAUAGCAGUUGCUCUUCAGAUAUAAAGUAUAGCAUAUAACUGAAUCCACAGCCUGUGUCUGUAUUCUCUCCUGAUUUUAUCAUCUAAAUAAAGGUGAGUGCCUUCGCGAUUACCACCCAUCAAAGAGUUCAUGCUGGGAAUUUUGAAGCAGCAACCAUUUCUGUUGCAUUUUUUUAAGCUUCUUAUAGAAACAAAUUUUGCUCUCAUUCUGCACAGAGGAGAUAUUUGAGACGCUCUUUCGAAUUUGCUUUUGUAGCAAGUGUAACCGUGUAAUGUCAGUGCAUUUCUUUCAUAUUUUCAUUCAUAGAAAGUGUUUUUUAAUCCAA